AUGCUAAGGGCCUAUGUUUUGGACCAGCUGGCGAGCUGGGAUCGGUAUAUGCCAUUAAUACAGUUUGCUUAUAAUAAUAGUUAUCAUGCGAGUAUUGAAAUGGCUCCAUAUGAAGCUCUGUAUGGCAGAAAAUGUCAGUCUCCACUAUGUUGGCAUGAAACUGGAGAAAGGAGUUUGUUAGGGCCUGAGAUGAAAGCUGAAACUACUGAACAGAUAAAAAAGAUUCGUAGUCAAAUGCUUAUAGUCCAGAGUCGCCAAAAAAGUUAUGCUGACCAGAGGCGAAAGCCUUUAGAAUUUGAGGAAGGAGAGCAUAGAAUUGGACUAGUGGCUUAUAGAAGUGUCUUACCGCCAUACCUUUCGAAUUUGCACGAUGUAUUUCAUGUAUCACAGCUUCGAAAGUAUACUCCUGAUGCAAGUCAUGUUCUAGAACCAGAACCAAUCCAAGUGAAAGAAUAUCUAACACUUUCAGUAAUUCCGGCAAGAAUUGAUGACACCAGUGUUAAACGAAUACAUGAAAGGGAAGUAUCAUUAGUAAAAGUAGCUUGGAGUCGAGUUAGUAUCGAGAAACAUACUUGGGAACUCGAAUCAGAUAUGCGAAAGGACUACCCACAUCUCUUUUCAGGUAACUGA